AUGACUGAAAAAGUGACCCAGCCAACGCUGAUGGUCGGCGAUUUGAAUCUUGCCAUCGAUCCGCAAUUGGUCGCCCACGCAGUUUUUAGUUGCGGAAUCAAGGUUGUCGAUGCUCGACGCGGUUUCACCAAGGAUGGUAAACGCCAAAAUCUUUUCUUCGAGUACAAAAGUUUCGAAGAGGCGAAAAUUGUCAAAAGGUUGCUCAAUCGACGCAAUAUUAAAAUUGCGCCGGGUGCGAGUUUGCAUUUGAGAUUCGUUAAGCAGGCGUACGACCUAAUUGGUCAAAUUGUCGACUACAGAUAUCAUUUUAGGGUCGAGGCGAGUUUGUUUGUUGGAAAACUAAGCCCUUGGAUGACCGUCGAUGAUAUCGAAGACAUUUUCUCCAAAUACCCAUCGUGCAUUGGCGCUUCAAUCUAUCGCGAAGAGACCUAUUCGAAAUCGUGUUUUGUGCGAUUUUUGGAUUUGCGUGAAUGCUAUGAAGCCCUGGAAAUGCAUGGCGCCUUCAUCGACGGUCGUUGUAUUCAAGUUUCGAUUUCAUCGAAAGAUGAAAGAACUGUUGUGGAUUAUGUGGGACAAUGUGAGAAAAACUAUCCGGAAUACAUUGUUGCUCCCAAACGAGUUGUGUCUCAAGAAGAAUAUAAUGAAAUCAUUAUUCGAAAUUCUCAAGAUUGGUUCAGCGAUUUAGAGGACUCAAGAUGGUCGAAACUAGUCUACGCCUACGAUUCGAAAUGGUCCUACCACGAGCAGGAUUUAAUAAUCGACAAAUAUUCGAUGGCUUGA